AUGGAAGAUUCAGAUUACUCUAGUGUUUCUAAUACAAAUGCAAUCAUCUUCAAUGGUGCUUCUGAUUUUUCAGUGCGGACUGAGAGCUUAAUAUCAGGUCCCAAUAUUCCUAAUUCAUCUUCAACGAGUGAAGACGAAUACCAGCAGCAGAUUUCAACGGCUGCUGGCGGUCGUGGUACUGAUGAUUCGAUGACCAUAUCAUCAUGUGGAUCUUCCAGCUGGUUUAAGAAUAAUAAUGAUAAGCAAAGUGAUCAGCAAGAGAUUAGGAUAUUUAAUGUUGAUUUCAGGGCACUUUCUCAGGUUGGUGCUUGCAGUACGAGUAAUAAAGGAUUAGAGAGCAAUAACAGACUUAAUUCUUGUUUAUCGCCGGAUAUAGAAACUAGGAUUAGGCUUGUCAAUAACUUGAUGGCUUGUGCCAAGGCAGUCCAACAGAAGGACCUAAGUCUAGCAGAGGAACAUAUCAGGGACAUAAAAAUACUUGCAAUUUCACAAACUGGAGCAAUGAAAGAAGUGGAUAAGGCCGCAAUUUAG